AUGGUGUUGGCCAUGGCGUCUCAGGAUGCCCCAAACUUCUUCCAGCCUUUAUCUUCCUGGAUGUCCCGGGUUUAUGAAGCUCUCCAGCAAGCGAGCAAUACAUUGUCGGCUUCACUAGUUAAUUUAAGCAAACAAGACUCUAAACUGAGUGAUCAGGACCUAGAUGAGAUUCAGGAAACUUACUUUGAAGAUGAAGAACAAGGCAAUGAUUGGAGUCAAGAGGAUACAAAUUCCCUGUUUCUUGAAGUGGAUCAUUUCUCAUGUUGCAAUAGUGAUUUGCAGGACUCUACCCAAAGUUCAAGCCCCAGCAUUGGCCAACAUGCAAAGGAUUCAUGCUCCAUAGUUUCCCAGUGGCCUAAUCAGACUCUUGAUGACCACAAAUCAUUACAUGUGCUCUCUUCUAUUGCUGAGGAAGAACUUCACCUUGAAAAACAAAGCAGUGGCUUUCAACACGGCCUUGACAGUGAGCUGGCUGGUACUUUAGAAAAUAUUAAUGGACAAAAACAAGUUAACAGCUUUGGGGAGGAUGAAGAGCUGUCCACAUCUUCUGACAGUGACGAGGAGGUGAUAAAGCAAUUCGAGAUAUCUGUGUCCCGCUCUCAGAGUUUCCGUUCUGGAGGCACAGCUGAGAAAGGAAGACAGACGGGUUCGGAACAGAAAGCAAAAUUCAGCUGCUUGCCCUCUAACCAAGAAGAGGACUACAACGAAGCGUCUGCCUGUGAAGAUUUGGAUGGAGCCAGUCAACUGAGUUAUUCUGAGAAGCUUUCUUAUGGUGAAUGUGACCCCACUUCAGCCCACUCUCAGUCCCCUUAUGAGAGAAGGGAUACCAGGCACCAUGGUGGAUCUCACCAGGAGACCAGCACAAUUCGCACCCUCAGUCGCCAGUCCACAGAAGGCAGUUUGGAGAUGGAGAGAGCAUUUAAUAACCGAGGAUUUGAAGAUUCCUAUGCCACUGACAGCUCCUCAGUGUGGAGUCCGGAGGAACAGGAUGAAACCAACUUUCAGGGGCCAUCUGGUACUGCGGAUCUCAUCUCCAAGUGUGGUGACCUAGAUGUCAUCUUUGAAUAUAAAGCUUCCAGUCAGAAACUCACAGUGACCGUAGUGAGAGCACAGGGUCUUCCGGACAAGGACCGAAGCGGGGUCAACUCCUGGCAAGUUCACAUGGUGCUGCUGCCCAGUAAGAAGCAGAGAGGCAGGACGAGCAUCCAGAGAGGAUCCAACCCCGUCUUCAGGGAGAAGGUCACCUUCGCAAAGCUGGAGCCCAGAGACCUGGCUGCAUGUGCUGUCCGCUUCCGCCUGUACGCUGCUCGCAGGAUGACCCGUGAGAGAAUGAUGGGAGAGAAGCUGUUCCAUCUUAGCCACCUGCGCCCAGAAGGGGAAAUGAAAGUGACUCUGGUUCUGGAGCCAAGAAGUAAUAUAAGUAGUGGAGAGUCUCAGCUCAGCCCAUCUGCGGUUUCUCACAGUGAUAGUGCUUCAUCUACGCAGUCACUGUCCCAUGGAGGCAUGCCAGAGCUGUUGGUGGGGCUGUCUUACAAUGCUACAACGGGGCGAUUAUCUGUGGAAAUUAUCAAAGGCAGCCAUUUCCGAAACCUCGCUGUGAACAGAGCGCCUGAUACCUAUGGAAAGCUCUUUCUCCUCAAUUCUGUGGGUCAAGAGAUGUCCCGAUGCAAGACAUCUAUUCGACGUGGCCAGCCCAAUCCAGUCUAUAAGGAAACCUUUGUAUUCCAGGUGGCUCUCUUUCAGCUCUCUGAUGUGACAUUGAUGGUUUCAGUAUAUAAUAGGCGUACUAUGAAACGUAAAGAGAUGAUUGGUUGGAUUGCUUUGGGCCAGAAUAGCAGUGGAGAGGAAGAACAAGACCAUUGGGAAGAAAUGAAGGAAACCAAAGGGCAGCAGGUCUGCAGAUGGCAUACCUUGCUUGAAUCCUAG